CCUCAUCAUCGCCGCCACGCCCGCACGCCCGCACGCCGCUCCACACCCGCCACCACCCCGCUGCUUCCGCCUUCUGCACCCUGAGCAGACGGGCGCUUGCGCUCUCCUCCCGCAGUCAUGGCGCCCCCGCCGGGCUCGAAGCCCGAGAAUACCUUCAAACGUGCACAAGAACUCAUCGGCGUCGGCCAGAGUUCAGCGGCCUUGUCGCUGCUCCACGAGCAUGUCGUCUCCAAGCGGACUCGCAGCAGCCCUAUCGCCGCUCUCGAGCCGGUGAUGUUGCUGUUCGUCGAGCUCUGCGUCAACCUCCGGAAGGGCAAGCUCGCAAAGGAUGGCCUGUACCAAUACAAGAACACAGCGCAGAACACGAAUGUCGGGACUAUCGAGCUCGUUUUCAAAAAAUUCAUCUCGCUGGCUGAGGCAAAAGUCACCGAGGCCCAGGCCAAGGCCGAUGAGAUCCAGUCCACCCUGGAGCCCAGCGAUGCCCAGAAUGUCGACGACCUGGAAGCCUCAGAAACCCCCGAAUCCAUCCUUCUGUCCACCGUGUCGGGCGAGCAAUCUCGAGACCGUACCGACCGCGCUAUCGUGACGCCAUGGCUCAAAUUCCUAUGGGAGACAUAUCGCACUGUGCUGGACAUCUUCAAGAACAACGCUCGGCUGGAGAUCAUGUACCAGACCACCGCUCACCAGGCAUUCCAGUUCUGCUCCAAGUACGCGCGCAAGACCGAGUUCCGCCGUCUGUGUGAGCUGCUCCGGAACCAUCUCCAGAAUGCGGCCAAGUUCUCGUCGCAGAUGCACGCCAUCAACCUCAGCGACCCAGAUACCCUCCAGCGCCAUCUCGACACUCGCUUCCAGCAGCUCAACGUGGCAGUCGAGCUUGAGCUCUGGCAAGAGGCUUUCCGAAGUGUUGAAGACAUUCAUACACUCCUCAACCUCAGCAAGCGGCCGGCGAAGAACAUCAUGAUGGCCAAUUACUUCGAGAAGCUGACCCGGAUUUUCCUCGUCAGCGAGAACUACCUCUUCCAUGCCGCUGCGUGGAGCAGGUACUACAACCUGCUGCGCCAGUCUGCGGCGGCUGUAGCCUCUGGACAAAGCCUGAAGAAGGACAAUCCUUCCGUUACCGAGGCCGACAUGACGAAAGCCGCCUCGUAUGUUCUGCUUUCUGCCCUGUCCAUCCCAGUCAUCAGCACCUCCCGGUCUCGCGGCGCUCUAGUCGACGUGGAUGAAGCUAGGAAGAACAAGAACUCGCGUCUCACCAACUUACUUGGCAUGUCGCAAGCGCCUACCCGUGCCAUCUUGUUCAAAGACGCCCUCAGCAAGGGUCUGUUGAGUAGAGCUCGGGAGGAAAUUCGGGAGCUGUACAACAUCCUCGAGGUUGACUUCCAUCCCCUCUCCAUCUGCAAGAAGAUUUCCCCCAUCCUUGCCAAGAUUGGAGCCGAUGAGGAGAUGAAGAAGUAUGUCGGCCCUCUUCAGCAAGUCAUUCUUACCCGCUUGUUCCAGCAACUUUCGCAAGUCUACGACUCAGUGCAGAUCCAAUUCGUUCUUGAUCUCGCCCAAUUCCCAGAUCCAUUCCAGGUCACUACUGGCGUGAUCGAAAAAUUCAUCAUGAACGGCUGCAAGAAGGGUGACCUGGCUAUUCGCGUCGACCACGCCGCUGGCAUUCUCACCUUCGACUCAGAUGUCUUCUCCUCCGCAAAAGCCAUGCAUCCCGGAACUAGCGCUGGUUCCGCCGAGAGCGACAAGAGCUCUGUGCAACGCCUUCAAAGCACGCCCGCUGAGAUCGUUCGCUCCCAGCUCACCCGUCUGGCGAAAGCCCUCUAUGUCACCUGCCAAUAUGUCGAUCCCGCCUUCAACGAGGAGCGUAUCAAGGCUAAGGAAGCCGCCCUCCUCCGAACUGCCGAGGGCGCUGAACACGAGCACCAGGAAACUUUGGCCCGCCGCGACAUUAUUCAUCGCAAGAAAGAAGCGGCGUCAAACGCCCUCGCGGCAAAGGAAAAAGAGGAAGCCACUCGCAAGCGCAUCCGCGCCCAGCAAGUCCUCGAGGCCGAGACGAAUCGUCUUGCUGAAGAACAGCGCGAGCGUGAGAAGAAGAGGCUACAGGCGGAACAGGCACGGGUACAGCGCGCGGAAAUUGAAAAGCAACUCGAUGAGCUCAAGAAGGGCACUAAGGUUGACAUCGACAUCCCCACCGAUAUCUCUGAGCUCGACUCCACUCGCAUCCGCGCUAUGAAACUCGCUGCGCUAGAGAAGGAAAAGAACAUUCUCGGCGAACAGCUUCGUAUUGCAGGCAAGCGUAUUGACCAUCUGGAGCGCGCGUAUCGACGUGAAGAAGUCAAGCAUCUGCAAAAAGACUACGAUGAGCAGAAGAAACGCGACGAGGCUGCAUAUGAGAAAGCCAAGGCCGAAGAGCUUAGGGAGUCUGAGCAAAAGCACAGGGAGGACGUCGCGCUCAAACAUCGUCUUUCACGUCUUGUGCCUGUAUACCAGACAUUCAUAAACGACGUACGCGAGCAGAGGAAAACCGAGUUCGAGAAGCGUAGGAAGGCUGCCGAGAAAGAGCUCCAGGCUAAGAUGGCUGCACGUGUCAAGGAAGUCAAAGAGACACGAGCAAGAGAGAAGAAGGCGAGGGAAGAACAGGAGAGGUUGGAGAGGGAGGCCGAGGAAAAAGAACGAGCAGAGGCAGAGGCGGCGGCAGCAGCAGAGGAAGAGAGACGACAACGGAUGGCCGAGGAGAAGGCUAAGAGAGACGAGCAGAGAAAGCAUCUCGACGCGCAAGCAGCUCUCCAACGUCAACGCGAGGAGGAAGCAGAAGCCAAACUCUUGGCCAAGAAGAAAGGGUUGGCUCCCGAACGCCCCAUUUCACGCGAUCUACCCUCCGACCGGGCACCACCUGCCAUUGGCUCAUCUGGUCGGCCGCCAUUGGUGCUGUCAGGUAACAAGCCUUCCUGGCGAGAACGUGAGGCUGCGAAAGCAUCCUCAUCUCAGUCUCCGGCUCCCGCCGACUCAGAAGCAGCAGCGCCACCACCAGCGAGGCGGCCCGGUGCCUUCGUGCCACCUGCCCUUCGCGGUGGCGAGGACCGCAGCCCCGCCCCGCCUGGCGCACCAGGUGGUGGCUGGCGUCCUCGAGAAGGUAGCGGUCGCGGCCGCGAGCCGCGAGAUGAGUCUCCCGCCGUUGGAGGCCGCUACGAGUCGCCAGCAGCAGGCAGUCGCUUCGCAGCGAGAGGCAGUCUCCGGGACAGCGGCGAUCGGAAUCGGACACAGAGCCCUACAAUCGCUGGCAAAUUCAUGCCUCCAGCACUUCGCGGCCGACAGGAGGGUCGGGAAGCUGAGGAACCUAGGGAAGCUCCUCUGCCGCCACCACAGGCUUCGAGCGAUGGAAAGUACAGGCCAGGCAUGUUCAAGCGGACACAAGGUUAAAAAUGAUGAAAGUUCUCUCUUUUUCUUAUACUCUCUCAGGGCCGGGGCAACAGUGGAUUGGAGUCCUCAUUGUUGAAAUCUUUUUCCCCUUUUUGUCUCUGUCUGUUGACCACCCCUCUGGCUGGACUUUAUUAGUGUCCGCUGUGCUGCUAGUUUCCUUUUGGUAAUUCCAUAACAUAAAAUAUCGAUCACUAGCCCCCCCU